AUGGAAAAGGUGGCAUUCCACAAUACCACUGUGAUGCAAAGGAUAGGAAUGUUCCUGAUCAACCGUGGAUCUCUAAUAAAUUAUCAUCGGAUGCUGAAUAAUCUCUUCGAAGAGGAGCUUCUGCAAAACGAUCAGAAAAUCCGAGUGAUAAUGUUUUCGCCCCUAUUCACAAUAUAUAUUCUGGCCUAUGGAUAUUUUGCAAUUAUAAUAUUGUUAAUCUUGUCAUAUUUUGCACCUGCCUAUAUCUUCAUAAUCUACAACCUCUGUCACUUCCGUUUAACCACAAAUUACACGCUGCCAAUCAGCAGGGGAUACGGACACUUCUGGACCGUUCCCGAUAACUUUUUGUAUCAUUUUCAUCUAUUCUUUGAGACGAUCCUAGCAAUAUUCAAUGGCUUGACGUCGGUCAGCGUUGAAAACGUCUUUGGCUUUUAUGUCUACCAGUUCAGCUCGACAAUGCGCGCCAUGACUUUCAAGCUCAUGAAUCCUCCACACACUGAGAACUUCUCGGAUCUAUUAAGGACAUGCUUGGCAAAGCAUCAAAAAUUAUUGCAAUGCUGCAACACGCUAGAGCACAUUUUUGGACCUAUCAUUUUUUGGCAUAUUGGCACCAAUGCCGUGAUGCUUUGUGCGUCGUUAUAUGAGAUGUUAUCAUUGCCGAACUUAAAUUUUAAUAAUGUAUCAGAGUUUCUGACAUACGCGUUAGUAAAACUUCUCCAAACGUAUAUAUACACCUGGUAUGGUACGGUUCUCACAAGUGCAAGUGAAGACUUUCGUAAAGGAGUAUACUUUGGUGAAUGGUUUAAAUCGGGUUUAAACCGUCAAAUGAGGACUAACGUUAUUAUGAUGCUGAUGCAAAAGCCGAUGAUUAUAAACGCAUUUUACUUCCCUAUCGAUAUAACCAUAUUUACCAGUUUUGUGAAUGCUGCAAUGUCCUACUUCUUCCUGCUGCAAUCUGUUGGUAAUAAAGGUGAAUGA